UGGAGGGGACUUGAGUGCAGCAGCGAUUACUUACAGGCUGCGGAGCUGUCAUUGUGGAUUUACAAGGGUUUUCUGUGGUUGCUGCUGCCUGGAGGAACUUCUUCUGGAACUUUGCAUGAAGUGUUGCUGGAGCUGGCAGAGCUGAUGCCCGUGCAGAUUUGUGAGUGGCACAGUAGGGGUGAGCAGAGAUGACCCCUCAGCCUGGGCUGUGACAUAUAAUCCAGGGAUAGUGAUUGACCCGAGCAGAAGACACCAUGGAGAAGUGCUGUGUGCUGGAGAACAUCUACCUGCUGCUGCUGCUGCUGCUGACUGCUGCUGCCUCCUGGCUCCCCACAGCGCACGGUGCUGCAGCCAAGGAGCUGACCUGCCAGGAGAUCACCGUGCCCCUCUGCAAGGGCAUCGGCUACAACCACACCUACAUGCCCAACCAGUUCAACCACGACACGCAGGACGAGGCUGGCCUGGAGGUGCACCAGUUCUGGCCGCUGGUGGAGAUCCAGUGCUCCCCGGAUCUGAAGUUCUUUCUGUGCAGCAUGUACACCCCCAUCUGCCUGGAGGACUACAAGAAGCCGCUGCCACCCUGCCGGAGCGUGUGUGAGCGGGCACGGGCGGGCUGUGCGCCUCUCAUGCGGCAGUACGGCUUUGCCUGGCCGGACAGGAUGCGGUGUGACCGGCUGCCGGUGCACGGGAACUCGGACAUGCUGUGUAUGGACUACAACAAGACCGACCAGACCACGGUGGCCCCCAGUCUACCGGAGCAGCCGCAGCGGCCCCCUAAGGCGCCAACACAUGGGCAUAACAAGGGCAAAACACGUGUGGAGCCUCCAAGGACUAAACCGAGACCCCCCGCCGGGUGUGAGCCCGGGUGCCAGUGCAGGGCACCCAUGGUGCUGGUGUCCAAUGAAAGACACCCGCUCUACAACCGGGUAAGGACUGGGCAGAUCGCCAACUGUGCCAUGCCGUGCCACAACCCCUUCUUCACCCCGGAGGAGAGGACCUUCACCAACUUCUGGAUUGGACUUUGGUCUGUACUUUGCUUUGCCUCCACCUUUGCCACCGUAUCCACCUUCCUGAUCGAUAUGGAGCGUUUCAAGUACCCAGAACGCCCCAUCAUCUUCCUGUCUGCCUGCUACCUGUUGGUGUCUGCUGGGUACCUGGUGAGGCUGAUUGCUGGGCAUGAGAAGGUGGCAUGCAGCAGGGAGCAUGACCUGGAGCACAUCCACUAUGAGACCACAGGACCUGCCCUCUGCACCCUGGUGUUCCUGCUCAUCUACUUCUUUGGCAUGGCCAGCUCCAUCUGGUGGGUUAUCCUAUCUCUUACCUGGUUCUUGGCAGCUGGCAUGAAAUGGGGCAAUGAAGCCAUAGCCGGCUACUCACAAUACUUCCACCUGGCGGCCUGGUUGGUACCCAGCAUUAAGUCUAUAGCUGUGCUAGCCCUCAGCUCAGUAGAUGGUGAUCCGGUGGCUGGCAUCUGUUAUGUGGGCAACCAGAACUUGGACAAUUUGAGGGGCUUUGUUUUGGCACCCUUAGUCAUCUACCUCUUCAUUGGCAGCAUGUUCCUGCUGGCUGGAUUUGUGUCUCUCUUCAGGAUCCGCAGUGUCAUCAAACAGGGGGGCACCAAGACUGACAAACUGGAGAAACUUAUGAUCCGGAUAGGGAUAUUCAGUGUUCUCUACACUGUGCCAGCUACAAUUGUGGUGGCAUGCUUCUUCUAUGAACAACACAACCGCCAGGGUUGGGAAGCAGCACACAACUGCAACUCAUGCCUACCUGAACUGGCACAGCCACGCCGGCCAGACUAUGCAGUCUUUAUGCUUAAGUACUUUAUGUGCCUGGUGGUUGGCAUCACAUCUGGGGUAUGGAUCUGGUCUGGGAAAACUCUGGAGUCCUGGAGAGCUUUCUGUACUCGCUGCUGUUGGGGCAGCAAAGCAACUGGUGGGUCCAUGUAUAGUGAUGUCAGCACUGGGUUGACAUGGAGGUCUGGCACUGCCAGCUCAGCGUCUUACCCAAAACAGAUGCCCUUAUCUCAGGUCUAAGACUAACAGGAAAAGGGGUGGGGGGUGGGGACCAGAGACACUUGACUGUCUGAGAUCUGCCAAGCUAGCCUCCUCAUCCCCCUUCCCUCUUUCUUUUUUCUAGUUUCUUGCUAUUAGCAUGAUAAUGAACUCUUAAUGGUAUCCAUUAGUAGGGACUUGAAUGACUGGUCAGAACAAUGUACCUGGAAUUGAAGCCUCCCUGAUUCUUCUCCAUUUAUAUGCAAGGAGCAUUGCUGAAACCAUAAUUCAACUGGCCAGAGGCAGAGGAUUGUCUCCUGACUCCCAAGUAAUGAGGCAAUAACUUAUUUGUUUCUAUUAAGCAUGCCUGGAGAAACCUUCAAUUUUUUUAUUUUAUUUUUUUAAGUUUGCUGGAUGUGUUCUUAAACAUUUCAUUACUGCUAGGGUGGAGGUGUGACUCUAUCGGUGCCCAGCUGCCUACAACAACACCCUUAUCAAUCCGGUAUGCCUUGUGGCACUCCCCAGUCACAGGACGACAAUAGGAAGGGGGGGUUGGAAAUUUAACGAAGCCAAGUAAAUGCCUUAAAUCAUUGUCUUCAGUCCCAAGUAAAUACGGGUUUCUUCCAAUUUUACAGGAUGUAUUUAUAUAUAUAAAUGUUUGUCGCCUUUUGUAAUAAGUGUAAGAUAUUGUACAUAAUACAAAGUUAUAAUGUCUCUGUAAAUAUUUGUAUAAAGUUUAGAGGCUUCUUCAUAAGAAACAAAAUAAUUGAUUAUUUUA